GCUCCAUGCCGCUGACCGUCUAACGCAGACGGAGAUCCAGAGUUCCUAAGUACCUGGAUAUGAUAUAAUCUCCGUAUGAUUAGCGCACAAUGGCGCUCGACGUGUCCACUGGUUAUGUUGCCUCGAGCAACUUGACGGAAGCCUCGCUUCCCAUUUUCGAAGUCCAACGUGUACAGCUUCAGUUCUCAGUAGCUGCGGACUUCGUAGCAGCCCAGGUCGCCAACAAUGUGCUUAUCCUAGCGCUAUCGACAGGACGAAUACUGCGAAUUGAUCUUGAGACCCCAGAGGAUGUUGAUGAUAUCGACCUCCCAAAGAAGAGCUCGGAGAUAGGACUGAUCCGUCGCAUGUUCCUUGAUCCAUCUGCGUCACACCUAAUUAUAACUACGACUCUCGGAGAGAACUACUACCUGCAUGCCCAGUCCAGAAACCCGAAACCGCUGUCACGAUUGAAGGGCGUCUCAAUUGAGAGUGUCGCAUGGAAUCCUUCAGUGCCCACGGCGUCGACAAGGGAGAUUUUGAUUGGUACUACGGAUGGUAAUGUCUUCGAGGUGUACAUUGAGCCCUCCACGGAGUUCUAUAGAAGAGAGGAGAAGUAUGUCAACAACGUAUACAGGGUGGCCGAUACAUCUGUCACCGGUAUUUGGGUGGACUCUGUUCCUGGGAAGUCCGACCAGAGACGCGUUCUUUUAUCUACUCAAGGAAAACUCUUGCAUUUCCUUGGGCGUACAGGCCGACAUGGAAGGGAAGGGGGUGGCCCAAUAUUUCCGGAAUUCUUCCAGCGGGAAACGCCGCAAGUUUACGAGAUAUCAAAGCCCUCCAAUUCGGCUCCAUCCGUUUUGAGCAUUUCGCCAAACCCGUCAGAUGGCCACUAUGUGGAGGGGCAAUUGUCAGAGAGACAGUUCGCAUGGCUUUCUGCGGAAGGAAUCCUCUACGGACAGCUUCGUAAUUCGUCGGAUGGCACCAGUCGACCAUUCGAUGACGCGAAAAUGCUGCCACGUUCUUUCUUCCCUGAGACCCAAUCCGCCAGAGGAGGACGGAAAAUGAUACAGGACCCAAUAACAUCAUUGACGCUCUCGCAAUGGCAUGUUCUGGCUCUCGUUGAAGGUCAGGUGGUCGCUGUAAAUCGUCUUAGCGGAGAACGCGUCUACGAUCAAGCCGUGCUUGAACCGGGCGAAAGCGCUCUUGGCCUCCUGUCGGACCAGACCAAGAAUACAUUCUGGCUUUUUACGCCCCAGGAGAUCUUCGAGGUCGUUGCCAAUGAUGAAGACCGGGAUGUCUGGAAGUCGUUCCUGAAAGAACAAAAGUUUGACGAAGCCUUGCGUUAUGCGCGCGGCUCCGCCCAAAAAGAUGCCGUUGCCACAGCUUCGGGUGAUUAUCUAGCCAGCAAAGGCCGUUAUCUCGAAGCGGCUGCGGUCUGGGGAAAGAGCAGUAAACCUUUUGAGGAGGUCUGCCUAACAUUUAUUGACCGUGGGGAACACGAUGCACUGCGAAAAUACCUCCUCACUCAACUGUCAUCUUACAAAAGAUCUGCCGUGAUGCAGAGGGUCAUGCUCACCAGUUGGCUUGUGGAAGUGUUCAUGACAAAGCUUAAUUCUCUCGACGAUGCCAUUGCAACCAAGGCAGAGCUAGCUGAAGGCACAAGUCCUACAGAGGCGAAGGGCCAGCUUGACAGUGUCCAGAGCGAGUUUCGGGAAUUUGUGACAAAGUACAAGUCCGACAUUGACCAGAAAACAGUAUAUGACAUUAUCAGCAGCCAUGGCAGAGAAGAGGAGCUGUUAUUUUUCGCGACGACUACCAAUGACUACAACUACGUAUUGUCAUACUGGAUCCAACGGGAAAAGUGGUCGGAGGCUCUGAAUGUUCUGCAAAAGCAAACUAAUCCGGAAGUCUUCUAUAAAUAUAGCAGCGUGCUGAUGAUACAUGCCGCUACGGGAGUGGUCGAUAUCCUGAUGAGACAGACAAAUCUCGAUCCAGAGAAGCUUAUACCCGCUCUGCUCAGCUACAACAAGGCUUCCAACGUGUCUCUGAGCCAGAACCAAGCCGUCCGCUACCUCAAUUUCAUCAUCGCAAAUCACCCUAAUCCUUCAGCAGCAGUACACAAUACCCUGAUUUCCAUUCAUGCAUCUAGCCCUUCUACAUCAGAAGCUGCAUUGCUCACGUACCUCGAAUCUCAGCCUUCGUCUCCCCCACCGUACGACGCGGACUUCGCCCUACGUCUAUGCAUACAGCAUCAAAGGGUGCAGUCAUGCAUCCACAUCUAUAGCACGAUGGGACAGUAUGUGCAGGCAGUUGAGCUUGCUCUGAAGCAUAAUGAUGUCGAGCUGGCCGCCAUUGUUGCAGACCGUCCUGAGGGCGAUGACAAGCUUCGCAAGAAGCUAUGGCUUCUGGUGGCUGAAAAGAAAAUCCGACAACCUGGAACUGGUAUCAAGGACGCGAUUGAAUUCUUGCGUCGCUGCGAGCUCCUUCGCAUUGAAGAUCUUAUUCCCUUUUUCCCUGACUUUGUGGUUAUUGAUGACUUCAAAGACGAGAUCUGCACUGCUCUCGAGGACUAUUCACGCCAUAUCGAUUCCCUGAGACAGGAGAUGGAUAACUCGGCACAGACAGCCCAGCAGAUACGCGCGGAAAUCGCAGAUCUCGAUAGUCGUUAUGCUAUCGUCGAGCCGGGGGAGAAGUGUUGGAUCUGCUUCUUGCCCGUGCUCAGCCGACAGUUCUUUGUCUUUCCCUGUCAGCAUGCCUUUCACAGUGACUGCCUUGGUAAAGAGGUACUCGAAGGUGCAGGAGGAAAGAAGAAAUAUAUACGUGACCUGCAGGCUCAACUCCACAAGGGCGAUAUCGCGACGUCCAAGAAGGAGAAGAUCGUGAAGGAGUUGGAUGGUUUGGUGGCUGAAUCCUGGUAAGAUACCCCACUACUCAACCCCAAGAUUGAGUGCUGAUACGUCUGUAUAGCAUAUUAUGUGGUGACCACGCGAUCAAGCAAAUUGAUAAGCCAUUUAUCAGCGAGUCUGACAGGACUGAUGAAUGGGCCCUAUGAUUGUUACUUGUUCCCUUUUGAAAUUAUGAGCCAUGGACGUACGAUCUGUCUUUCUGAGUUCUGUAUAUGUGGCGCUGGCUGUCAGCGCAAGAUACCCAAGUAGUAGUCUGGACAUUAUAAAGAGAAAAUAAGUAGCUAGUAGCCGUCUAAUGAGCAGACUCUCAUACAAUGACUGUUAUUUCACUGCUAAAAGAAUUGCAUCACAAGGCUGGGCUGUCGUGAGAAGCCGGCUU